GCCGCCGGGGGGUCGCGGGUGGCGCCGGGUCCCUGACAGAUGAACGGGAUAAACGGGAUGAGGAACCGCGGCCCCCGCGCCGACAUGGUGCCCGAGAUCGCCGCCGCCGUGGGCUUCGUGUCCGGCCUGCUGCGGACGCGGGGCUGCGUCAGCGAGCAGCAGCUGCAGGUGUUCAGCGGGGCGCUGCGGGACGCGCUCACAGGUGAGCUCUGGGCGACGACGGGAGGAGCCCCACGCUCGUGGCCGGAUUCUUCUGGGAGCCCUCGGAGCCAGGCGCCCACUGGAGUGCCGCCCCCACCCCUCCCCGUGAGCCUUCCAGGACCUGGUGUUCUUUUGAGUGCCCCCCAUGAACCUUCCAGGACCUGGUGUUCCUUCGAGUGCCCCCCGUGCUACCGCUGCCUGCGCAUCAGCCACGGGCUGGACCCGCUGAUCGGGCGGGCGGCGGGGCGCGUGGGGCUGAGCCUGGCGCGGCUGCUGCGGCUGCUGCCCGGCGAGCUGGCGCUCUGGGUGGAUCCCUUCGAGGUGUGCUACCGCAUCGGCGACCACGGCUCCAUCUGCGUCCUCUACCAGGCCUCCAGAGCCUCCCCGGCGCCGCUCAGCUGCAAGGGUCACCACGCGCUGCUGGCUCCUGCCGCCGGCCCGGCCCGAAACUGCGUCCUCGGCGUCUCCAGCUAGAGCAGCCACCAAAGAAAAGCCAAAAGAACACAACAAAACGAACACUGUGAUGCCAAUGAUUGCAGCAUACCUCAAGCUGAGGAUCUAUUUUUAAGAUGAAGAGCUAUUUAUAUUUUUUAAGAAAAACCUCCAGAAAAUCCAAAAUUAAAAUAUCGGGCGCCGCCCCGAGGCGAGGCGAUGCCCCCAGGUGCCUUUUCUAAAGCUGUUGCAAGCUUGUUUUUCUUUUUUAUUAAUAUUAUUAUUAUUAUUAUUGUGAACCUGAGGUCUACCUGAUUUAUUGUUGGCUGGCUUUGAUCACCUUGGAGUGUCCUGGAAUAUACGAGGGGUGAGGGGGCCACGUGGCUGCGAUGUCACCUUGUCACCAUCC